AUGGUGACGGCAGUGAAAAUUUAUGCAACUGCGGAAAUAGUUUUAUCGGUUCAUAUUUCCGUGUCUAAUUUAAUCGUUCUAUGGCUUUACCUUGGUUCACAACAUCUUCGUACUAUAACUAAUACCUAUAUAUUUUUUCUGGCUUUAACGGAUUUCCUCAUUGGUAGUAUCGGAAUUCCAUUAACAGUUUAUUCAGUGCUAACACGUGCACCACAUUCAUUUUUACCCUGCUUAGCAAUACAUUCAACUCUUUGUACCCUUUGUACAAUUUCUAUUUUCCAUCUAUUAGCAAUUGCUCUCGAUAAAUACAUCAGUAUUUGCUGUAAAAGUCAAAUCAUGAAACAAUCUCAUCGUUAUCAGCGCGCUAUCGUACUUAUUGCUGGUGCAUGGAUAUCUGGUGCUUUAGUAUUGAUGGUACAGUUAUUAUGGUUUAGUGACUUCCGUCAAAGUUAUGAUCGCUUCUCUGGAGAGUGCUAUUUUACUGAAGUUGUCGAUUAUCGUUAUUUAGUGUACGUAAUCUUCUUUGGUACCAUUGUUUUGCCAACUUUUAUUAUUAUUUACUGCUAUGCGAGGAUAUAUAGUUAUAUUCAAGAUGAAGAAUAUCGGAUUAAAUUUUUGUUACGUGAUCGUGAACGUGAACGACGGGUACGUAGUAGACGUAAAUUAAUUUCUACAAUGUCAUUAUUGGUAUCAACAUAUGGCAUUUGUUGGUACCCAUUGCACACUUUAAAUACUAUUAAUUUAUUUUUUCCGGAAUUACGUUCAUAUCCAAAUAUAACUUUAAGUGCUGUAGUACUAUCGCAUGUUUCUUGUGCAGUAAAUCCAUUAAUUUACGCUUACGGUAUACCAGGAUUUAAACAAGCUUUGCAAGCUAUUUGUAAGCAUCAUACUGAUGAAUCAUAUCGACCUGCGCGACGAAACCAUGGUUUAAGCAGUUUUUGUUAUUCCAAACAAGUAGCACAUCAAAAAACCAGCACAACAUCAUUUCAAUAUCUUGAAACCUUAUCACCAAAAUAUUCAACAGCUUCAGCAAGAAAGAACCGUAAUCGUAAAAGUAAGGCACAGCGUAAAAUCACUGAACCUGAUGAUUAUAUGAUUUUACGUCAGACAAUUCGUCAAAGUUUUAACAUGUAUGUUAAAUCUGUUACAUAA